UUCAACAGAUAACCCGUGCUGAGUGACUAGGGGAGCAGUAAACACUGAGAAGGUGCCCUGUCAUUCGGAAUUGUUACAAUUGGUAAAUAUAAUAGGAGUAGAGUAAAAAGUUUGCAUCCGCGGCAGUUUUUUUCCAGCCACGUAACGGGCCAUUGAAGCGUGAUAUUUAAACAUGGACUGUACUGUGGAUCAUUACACAGCAGGAAUGCUGCUCAGUGGUGUAGGAGAUGCUCUGGGUUACAGGAAUCAGCUGUGGGAAUACAACCAAUCCGGCCCUGCCAUCCACCAGGAACUGCAAGAGCUAGGGGGGCUGAAAAACAUCUCUGUGGAGCUUCCUGAUUGGCCAGUUAGUGAUGACACAGUGCUUCACUUGGCAACCGCUGAGGCUCUAGCAACAGGAAAAGCAGGUGAGGAGCUACUGCAUGAGGUUGCUUUCCGAUAUGUGGAGGGAAUGAAGGACAUGGAAGGGAGGAAGCCAGGACCUUCAAGUAUUCUAGGUAUUGCACAGUUGCAUCCACGCACUGAAGGGGGUUACAGGGUGCCAUACAACCCAGAAGCCACAGGUUGUGGGGCAGCUAUGAGGUCCAUGUGCAUUGGCCUUAGAUAUCCUCGUCCUGAUCAGCUGUCCUUACUGGUUGAGGUUGCUGUGGAGACUGGAAGAAUGACCCAUCCUCAUCCAACAGGUUUCCUUGGAGCUGUGUCUUCAGCCUUGUUCACCACUUAUGCAGUCCAGCGAAGACCAAUCACAACCUGGGGUGCGGGUUUAUUGGAGGAGGCUUGUCCUGUCGCAAAAACACUUGUUAAGUCUGCAGGAUAUGCUGUUACAGAAACUGAGAGAGACUGGGACUACUUUACUGGAAAAUGGAAAUGGUAAGAAGCUGG